AUGCCUCUCCGACCGCCCCCAACCGACAAGCAUUUCGCAACCUCAGACGAGGCCUUUCAGGCGCUCCAGGCACACGCGCGCGUCGAAGGCUUCGCCAUGGUCAAGAAGCGGCCGUCCUGCUACGAGGACGGCAAGCCGCGUCGCUAUGACAUUGCCUGCGUGCGUGGAAACGGCGCGUACAAGCCCAAGUCGGCGGGCCUGCGCAAGUCCACGACGAAGCGCACGGGGUGCCCGUUCAAGAUGAAGAUUGUGCAGAGGAAGGACUCGGACGACUUGUGGGUGCCGGGCAUCUUGUGCGGCGACCACAAUCAUGAGCCCGACCUGCCUAUUGCUUUUCCUGAGCACCGGCGCGGGGCUUUGACGGAUGCCCAGAAGACGAUUAUUAGGGCCUUGCUGCAUCACUCGAAUCUCUCGGCGAGGGGCAUCAUUGAGGUUUUGAAGCAUCAGUAUCCUGAUGUUCUUCUGACGGAGAAGGAUAUCUGGAAUUUGCGUCGGGAAUCCAUCCAGAUGGGGUGGCCCAUUGUUAAAGAUGGUGCUACGAGUACCGGCACUACGAACACGGGUGCUACGAGUACAUAG